GCAACACUCAGGUUCAGCCUCCAGAAGAAGAUUUCUGCGAGCUGGGCACACAUCAGAGUUUACCGGUGGUCCUGCUCUACGUGAUGCCUUCCUUCUUUCUGGUGGUGCUGAUCCUCGGGCUGCCCCUCAACCUGCUCUCUCUCUGGGUUUUCUCCCACCGUCUGCGGCGUUGGACCCGCAGUACGGUGCUCCUCUUCAACCUGACCCUAGCUGACACCAGCUGGCUUCUGGCCUUGCCUUUCCUCAUCUACUUCCAUCUAGACCAGCUGUACUGGAGCCUGGGGCUGCCGAUGUGCACGGCUGUGAGGAUGCUCUACCACAACUACUUCUACCUCAGCAUCUUCUUCGUUACCUGCAUCGGUGUGGACCGAUACCUGGCCAUUGUGCACCCACUGCGCUCUCUGGUGCUGCUGGGCCGGAGGAAAACCUACCUGCUGUGUGUGGCGAUCUGGAUGGCUGCUCUGGUUCUCAGCAUACCUGUUGCCAGUAUGACGUUUAUCCACACUUGCCCUGGGAGCAACCGCACCAUCUGUACACUGUACAUACUGCUGAGUGACCCCCAGGAAAGCCUCCCAUACUCUAUCUUUUGCUCCAUUGCCGGCUUCCUUUUCCCUCUGCUGUCCAUCUGCUACUGCGGCCUGCGCAGUGUCAGAGAGCUGCGACGCCGGCCCUGCCUCACCGACCGGCACAACAAGCAGCGGCGGCUUCGGCGAGUGUUAUGCGCAGCACUGGUUCUCUUUGUCCUGUUCUACCUGCCCUACCAUGUGAGCCGAAACGCUGCCAUCGUGAUGCGAGCAGUGUACCCUGACAACCCCGCCUCUUGGCGGCCCCUAGACCUGGCCUUUGCCCUUGAAAUGUGCUUCUGCAGCCUCAUCACCUGCGUUAACCCUAUGUUUAGCUGCUUCAUAGGCGGCCAGUUCAGGAAGGAGUUUCACGGUACAUUUGCUGCCAUGGUUUCACAGUGUCUCGGCAUGCAGGUCUCCUCAGACAUCUCUAAGCGGACCCGGAUGACGAUGAGGAAAAGGCAUGGGAUGAACACUGUCACACCUGUGUGCGCACUGCCUGCACCUGGAUCCUAAUGAACCGUAGAAAUGUAAAUAAAUGAUGUUUUUCUAAUAAGCGGCUUGUGUCAAACAUGAUGCAACUCUAAACUUUGUUUGGCCUGUUGUCUUUAA